AUGGCCAAGUCUCUGCACGCAGUGAUGGUGCCAUACCCUGCACAACAAGGAAGCAAUAAUCCUCUAAUGCAAUUGGCUCACUUGCUCUCUGCAAGGGGAUUUUUCAUUACCUUCGUUGAUACGGAAGGGAGCCACCGGCGCAUGUUAAAUGCCCGUGGACAUGCUCAUCAGCACAACGUGGCUCAGGGCUUUCGGUUUACGACCCUCCCGGACGGUUUCGCGGCAGAACACGAAGGCCGAUUCGAUUCUGAUGUUUUGGAGAAGCAUCUGGUUGCCAGUCUCUCAAAGAACGUGCCUCCUAUCACCUGCAUUAUCACUGAAAGCUUCGUGCAUUGCACGCACCAGGUAGACCUUAAUCUCCGAUUGCCCAGAGUUGUUUUCUGGACUUAUUGCGCGGCUGCAUCUAUUACGCAGUUUAAAGCCGAGUUGCUUCUCUCCCGGGCAUAUAUUCCUGUGAAAUUGGAAGAAGCGAAGAGGCCGGAGAAUGUGAUCACUUGUUUACCCGGUAAUCUCCCACCUUUACUGCCGACCGAUCUCAACUCCUUCUACCGCUUUGAUAAUUUAAUCGAAAGUCUUGUCUAUCAGAGUCAACUCCAAAACAAAGGAGAUUACGUGAUGGUGAACACGAUGGAGGAGUUAGAAGGGAGGGAAGCAGUAGCAGCACUCUCUAUAAACGGGUGUCCUUCUGUGGCUAUGGGUCCUCUCUUUCUUCCCAAUUUUCUGGCUCACAGAGAUGUCGUACAGUCGGGCAGUAUGUUUGCAGAGGACAAGAGGUGUGUGGGAUGCCUGGAUGCGCAGCAGGUGGGUUCUAAGAUAUAUGUAUCUUUUGGGAGAACCUCCGUCAAAUCGAACCAACAGCUGGAAGAGAUUGCUCUGGGCCUGGAGAGUAGUCAGCAUCCUUUUCUGUGGGUUCUGCGAAAGGAUAUUGCACAAGGGAAGUCUGCCGUUUUACCGCAUGGGUUUUUAGAACGGAUUGGAGAUAGAGGGCUGACUGUGGGAUGGGUACCGCAGGUGAAGGUGCUGUCCCACCCUUCCAUUGGAGCGUUUCUUACCCACGGCGGAUGGAACUCUGUGAUGGAGAGCAUCAGCUUUGGAAUUCCUAUGCUGGGAUGGCCAUAUUUUGCGGAUCAGUUUCUCAAUUGCAGAUUUGUCAAAGAUGUGUGGAAGAUUGGGAUGGACUUUGAGGGUGUGGAUGUUGAUGAACAAAGGUUUCUUACGAGAGAAGAGGCGGAGAAGGGCGUGAGGAGUAUUAUGGAAUGUGAGGAGGCGAGGCAGCGGGUGUUGAAAUUGGAGGAGGUAACAGUUAAAGCAGUUAGCCCAGCUGGCCCGCCCUUCCUCAACUUGAACAAGUUUAUCCAGGACAUUAUUCAAAUUGCAAAAUCAUUUUGCCGUUGA